AUGAGGAUUUGGGUGAGAAAUAAGGUUGAUGAGGAGGAGGCCAUAGACUUUUCGUGGAGGAGCGAUAUCGUCUUAGAAGUGGUUUUUGAUAAAUCUAAAUGGGAUGUGGACAGCUUCUUGUUGGACGAGGACAAUAAAGUGGCACUAUGUUGUGAUAUAACAUUAUUGAGAGAUGAACAUAAGACGAGAAUCUACAUUGUUGGAGAGGAUAUGUUUAAACAAGUUUUUGAAGAUAAUGCUCCAAAGGCAUCUAGUUUCAACUGGCCAGUUGUCAUCUCUUAUGUUCCAAGCUUGGUUCGCAUUCACAAGAGAACACCCAAAAGGCAUAAGAAAAGAAG